AUGGAAAUUGCCCUCUUCACUAUCUUCACUUUUUUGUCUGGAUUUGCUGCAUUCUCCAAUAGCUGUUUGCAGCUCGGUCAGAACCCAGAACUUCAGAUUUCACGGAGCUCUCGAAUCCCGGCAGUGGCCGGCGGGAAGCUGAGCAUCGACGUCACGACAGGUCCCAUGCCCCUGGCAAGCCCUAGCAGCAGCCUCGACUUCCGAGUCAGACCUCAAGUCGGCUUCCUGGGGUUAGUGAUGUCAUCGCCGGUGGCCAGGCAAGGAGGACUGGAGGUGGAGGAUGGGGCGACGCACAUGAUGUGCGCGGAGGACGCAAUCGAGUUGUGGUGCUGGCGGCGGCCAAAGACCUGA